AGCAGGUCCGAUACCAAAACAAGUACCAAUAAUCUGUUAUCGGUACCAUUAAAACAGUAGUCCUUCAAGAUGGCGGUCUGGCAGACGGUUCAAAACGAAGCGGAGAUUUAUAAAGUGAUUUCCUCGGUUUAUUCAGGUGAAGGAGGCUGUUACUGUCUGCCUGGCACUUGGCACUCUUCACCGUUCUGCUUUCCGUCUGGAGUGCCACGGGGCCAACAGUGAGUGCCGGGCAGCUGACGGUGGACCUGGUAAUUACCUGUGAGAAGGUGGGCACCACCCAGCCCCUCUGACCACAGCAGCAAAGACCAGUGCCAUGUCUUGCCUGCCCAGUGCCUUGCUGUCAUGCAGACCCUCUCAUAGAAAGUGAGCGACAUAACCUCCUGACUGAGCUGGUCCAGGAGGUGGUGGUCCUGCAAUGCCUAUGAGCGAUGGGACAACAACCAAAUCCCUGGCCACAGCUGCGCUACCUCACCUCCCACACAACAGAGGAGGACGUGCUAGUCUCACUUGGGGCCUUGGAGCUGGAGAACACAAAGGAAGAACAAACAACAGCAGACCUGAUGGAUCUUACGAGGCUGUUUGUGACAAGCUACACUAACUAUCUAAUCAAAGGUGGAAGAUGAAGGACAGCAAGAUGAAGAAGCGUCUCUCAGCCCUUCCUCUCGGGUGCCGGCUUUGUCAAACUCUUCAUGGAAAUUUGUGACCUGCCGACCACUGUGCUGCUGAUCAAGCUUGUGGAGGAGGGAGACAGUGCGAUGGGCACAGUCAUGCUGCUCAGCUUUCUCAAUGCUUGGAAGGUCCAGGAGCCGUCCAGCUGCCCCGGAGAGCCCAGCGACCACACCCUGCAAGACAGCCUGCUCAUCCUGGGACACACAGCCUCACCCUUCAGGCAGGAGACUGACGGGAUGAGAACAACAACAACAACAACAACAACAACAACAACAAGAGGAGGAGGGGGAGGAGGGUGGUACACAGGAGUGACUGAGUGUGUGGUGUGUCGCUUGCAGAGACAGCGCAGGCGGACCAAGACGCCCGAACCUUCAGAUGUUCGUUCAGCCGUUCGAUUCUGCCGAGGGAAAGAAGUCAUGUUAGUCAACUCUGAUGACUUGUACAUCUCUGUGGACUCUACUCUGCUAGGGACUGUUUUGUAAGCCAGUCACGGAAGAUGUGAACUGAAUCUGUACUAUGAAGUCUUAUAAAUAAAGUUA